GAGUAAUAAAACUAAUUAAGCUGAUUUACAGCUUAUUUAUAUAAUACAGUAAUAACUAUUUAUUGUUUCAUAAAAAAUGGAAAUAAAAAAUCUUAAUACUUAUGGAAUAAUUGGGUUUGAUGGCUUGACUAAACAUGGUUUAAAAUUUCAUCCGGAUCAAAAGCAUUUAAUUUAUUCAAUGGGAAGUAAAGUAACAAUAAAAAAUAUCGAAACGGGGGAACAAAGUUUUUUAUCAGGACAUAAUAACGUUAUUACAACGUUAACUAUAUCUCCUUGUGGUAAAUAUAUUGCAUCUGGACAACUUACCCAUUUAGGAUUUAAGGCGAUGGUAAUUAUCUGGAAUUAUGAUGAAAAAAAUAUUAAAGCAAAUUAUGAAAUCCAUAAAGGAAAAGUUGAAGACGUUAGUUUUACUUGUAAAAGUGAUUAUUUAAUAAGUUUAGGAGGAAAAGAUGAUGGAAAUGUAAUCGUAUGGGAUAUUCAUCAUAAUAGAGCUAUAUGCGGAGCUUUUGCUAGCACUGAAAUAACCGGAAAUGCUUGUACAAUAAUUGGGACAAAUAUAAGAGAUAAAUGCUUCCUCAGUGGUGGUCAAGAAACAUUGAGACUUUGGAUAAUUGAUCCUCUGGUAUGUAAAAUUCAAGCAGUAAAUAUUAAAAUGGGUAAAUUACGUCGAUGUAUCAAUUGUAUUUGUAUUGAUGAUAAAGAUGAAGUAGCAUAUUGGGGUACUUCAUCCGGAGAUAUUAUUGAAACAAGAUUAAAUUUUGAUCGUGAUAUAAAUAUUUUGGAACCAGUAAAACCACCUGUUUUAGUAGGAUGUUACUCCAAAAUUCCAUCUGAUAUAAAAAAACUAAAAACUGGAGUUGGAGAUUUAUAUGCUGCUGGAGUUACUGCUUUAUAUUUAAUACAAAAAAAAAAAUUAAUUGUAGGAACUGGUGAUGGAACUUUAGAACUAACAGAGAUUAUUGCAGUAAAUAUUAUUGCAUCAUCAAAGCAAAAAAUUAAAUUACCAAGCACUCCACAAAUAAAAACUUUGAAAACUUGUAAAGUUCAGGGUGCUGUCACAUCAAUAAUGCAAUACGAUGAACAAUCUUUAUUAGUAGGUACAUCAUGCUGUGAAAUUUGUCAAGUUUCUUUGACAAAUUUAAGAACUAAAAUUAUAAUAACAUGUCAUACCGAUUCUGUAUAUGACAUUGCAUUCCCUUACAAUUAUUCAGAAAUAUUUGCAACAGCAAGUAAAAAUGACAUUCGAUUAUGGCAUCUUGAAUCACAAAAAGAAUUAUUGAGAAUCAUUGUUCCUAAUUUUGUUUGUACUAGUAUUUGUUUUUCUUAUGAUGGAAAACUUAUAAUAUCUGCAUGGAAUGAUGGAAUUAUUCGAGCUUUUAAACCACAAAGUGGUAUUUUAUAUUUUGUCAUAGAAAAUGCUCAUAUAAAAGCUGUUUCUGCUAUUGGUUUAACAAAAAAUGGAAAAACUUUAGUUUCUGGGGGUUGUGAUGGUCAAGUACGUGUGUGGAAGAUUUCUAAAAAUUUUCAAGAUUUAAAAACAAUAAUGAAAGAGCAUAGAGGACCGAUAACUGCUCUUCAUAUUACUUAUAAUGAUGAAAACGUUGUCAGCUCUAGUACGGAUGGAACGUGUAUUAUUUGGGAUUUAUUAAAUUGUUCUCGAAAACAAGUUAUUAUGGGUAAUACCAUGUAUAUGUCAACUAAAUUUCAUCCAAAUGGUCUUCAGUUAUUAACUUGUGGAACUGAUCGUAAAAUUGCCUAUUGGGAAACAUUAGAUGGUUCUAUUGUACGUGAAGUUGAAGGUUCAACUAUUGGAGCAAUUAACUGUUUAGAUAUUCAUCCAGAUGGUCAAUAUUUUAUUACUGGUGGUAACGAUUGUCUUAUUAAAUUUUGGGAAUACACUUCAGGCGAAGUCACACACAUUGGAACUGGACACGCAGCUAUUGUUACUGCUUGUAGAUUUAGUCCUGAUGGAUAUCAUAUUGUUACUACAAGUGCCGAUGGAACGAUAAUUAUUUGGAUAAACCCUAUCAUAGAACAGUCUGAUGAUUCAAAAAGUGUAAAAAGUAUUAAAAGUAGACAAAGUAGUGAAUACAGUACUAAAAACCAAAAGUAUAAUUGUCAAGAAGAAAACGUAGAAAAUAUUAGCCAUCGCUCAGUAGCGAAUAUUGACAGCAUUCAAACAGUUUAUUCUAGUAAAAAAAACAGUGAUUCCUGUAAUUAUGAUCCUAUUCAACCUUCUAAAGAUAAUUGUCGAAACACAAACGAUUUUCAUGAUAAUUUUAAUAAAAGUGAUAAUCAAUUAAAAUCAAAAGAUUUAAGGAGUAAACAAUUAUCUCAAGAAUCAAUGAAAUUACAUUAUUCUAACAAUAAAUAAGUUUCAUUACAUUAAGAUACAAAAAUUAUUUGAAAUUAUUCAUAAAUAUUUCUAAUUUGAAUG